UCCUGUGCUGUAUGCGGUGUUGUUGACAUCCGCCUUGCACUGUCUUUCAGUAGAUCUGUCAAACACGACCUCCUCGGAUUUUGCUGCGACUUUACAUUCAUCGCUCAGGCCGGUGCUGUUGUGAGGUGAGGGGGGCUGUUGUCUUACAUGAAGAACUGGCUGUGCUAAGGAGCUCCGCAGCCGCACAGGAGUCAUGACGGCUGGGUUGCUCUUGGUGAUUGUGUGCGGGCUGCUGGAGGUCUGCGGCGGCGUCUCCGCUAACAGAGGGGGCUAUCCCUCUUUUACAGACGAUGUCCCUUUCAAAAUCACCUGGCCUGACGCUGAGUUUUCACUGCCAACCUCAGGUGCACUUUACAGCGACGAUGACUUUGUUAUCAUGACAACAACGGAGAAGGAGAAGUACAAAUGUCUGCUGCCCUCCCUGACAGCUGGAGAUGAGGACGGUGAUAAGGCAUAUGGUGGACUCAGUCCAGGUGAACUGCUGGAGCCACUGUUCAAACGCAGCAGCUGCUCGUAUCGGAUAGAGUCAUACUGGACAUACGAAGUGUGCCAUGGAAAGCAUGUACGACAGUAUCACGAAGAGAAGGAGACUGGGCAGAAGAUAAGUGUUCAAGAAUACUUUCUGGGGAAUAUGGCACAGAAGAGCCACUCUUCAGAGACAGAUAAAGUUGAAGAGGCAGAAAAUGUCAAAUCAACUGCUGAAACGGAAGUGCCCACUAAGAACAUAGAAGGUCAACUCACUCCCUACUACUCGUUGGAAAUGGGAAAUGGGACUCCUUGUGUGCUGAAACAGGACGAGCCUCGUGCCACAUCUGUACUGUACGUGUGUCACCCAGAGGCUAAGCAUGAGAUCCUGUCUGUCGCUGAAGUCACAACGUGUGAAUAUGAAGUGGUGGUGUUAACUCCGCUACUUUGUGCUCACCCAAAAUACAGGUUUAAGUCGUCACCAGUGAACACCAUCUUUUGCCAAGCUCUGGCAGGCUCCCCGCUGCGACCUCAACGGCUCACCCAGUUGGACAAGGAACAAGAGGAGCAGCUUAAACCGCCUUUCAGUGCUUCAUCUGAGACCAGAGAGGUGGGACAUUAA